ACGUGGUUCGGGUGAACAUGUGUCAGAGACGCAUCAGCAAGUCUCUUCUGAACCAAUUCAAGAUCAACAUGACUGGAACUCUCAUAUACACAUUGUUGUUCAUUUUACUGAAAGGUUCCUGUAAGGGUGUGUUGAUCACUCAGUGGCCUAAAUAUAUCUCCAGUUUUAAAAGCACCUCAGUGGACAUGCACUGUUACCAGAAUGACACAGACUAUCAGUACACUUACUGGUACAGACAAAUCGAAGGAAAAGAGCUAGUGCUUAUAGCCACAUAUUUAGCUCGUAAUCCCAGCUAUGAGACAGGUUUUGGAAAAGGUUUCAAGGUUUGGGGAUCAGAGACAAAGAAGUGGUCCCUGACAGUGGAUGUUGAAGAGGACAGUGAUGCAGUUUACCUGUGUGCUGCUAGUUUCCACAGAACUGGGAAAGUGGCCAAAGUUGAGGGUAGGAAGGAUAAAGCCAAAGACAGGGCAAUCGGAGAAGAAAAUCUGUUCUACUUUGCAAGAGACCUGCGACUGGGAUUGAGGUUCACCUGCCAACAGGACAACAACCCUAAGAACACUGACAAAGCUACACUGGAGUUGUUCAAAACUAAGAACUUGUUGAAAAUCCCAGGCUAUAAGCCAUUUGCUAUAUUCUCUGGCAAGUAUUGA